AUGAAGGCGAUAUCCAUGCUUGCGCCUUGGGUAGCGACUCUGCUCAUGGCUGCCAGCGCAAGCUGCCUCCCUUCCCCUCCGGGCAGCAACGCGACAACCUGCGACGCUGACCUCUGCACCUGGUGGCACAACAGCGGCGAGAUCAACACCCAGACCCGCGUCCAACCGGGCAAUGUCCGCCAGUCCCGUCGCUAUCUCGUCCAGGUUCGCCCUGCUGGCAGCCAGGAGGACUUUCGCCCGUCCUUUGUUUACGAGUCGAUUCCGCGCAACGGCAAUGGCCGGAUCUAUUCUCCCUGGGACUACCCCAGCCCGGACACCCUGGGCGCCAAUGUCGACGAUGGAAUCAGCAUCGAGCCCGAGGUCGGAAUCAACAUGGCCUGGUCCCAGUUUGAAUACGCCAAGGAUGUCGAUGUCAAGAUCCUCCGCAGGGACGGCCAGAGCUUGGGCUCUGCUUCCAAUGUCAAGAUCCGUCCCACCUCCAUCGGCUACUCUGUGACCUCCUCUAGCGAUGGGGGAAUCAUCAUUCGCGUGCCAAAGGAUGACCGCGGUCGACGGUUCUCUGUCGAGUUCAACGAUGACCUCUACACUUAUCGCUCCGACGGACAGAACUAUGUGCACUCUGGCGGCGAUGUGGUGUCUGUGGAGCCCAAGAAUGGCCUCGUCAUCUUUGCCAGCGCAUUCCUCCCCGCCGACAAGAUCCCCCCCAUGAACUCGGACAACACAAAGACCAUGACUCCUGGCCCCAUCAACGCCGGUGACUGGGGCGACAAGCCCAUCCUGUAUUUCCCCCCAGGUGUCUACUGGAUGAAUUCCAACCCCCAGGGAGACAAGCCCAAAUAUGGAGAGAACCACCUGAAACUCCACCCCAACACCUACUGGGUUCACCUGGCGCCCGGUGCCUACGUCAAAGGCGCGGUCCAAUACACCACAUCACGCAGCGACUUCUACGCCACGGGCCACGGCGUCCUCUCUGGCGAGCACUAUGUCUACCAGGCGAAUCCCGCGUCAUACUACCAGGCUGUCAAGAGCGACCAAACCAGUCUCCGGCUCUGGUACCAUGAGAACAUCGGGCGCCAGACCUGGCACUGCGUUGGCCCGACAAUCAACUCCCCGCCCUUCAACACCAUGGAUUUCCACGGCAACAGCAACCAGGCCAGCGUUCGCAUCUCGGAUUACAAGCAAGUCGGGGCGUUCUUCUUCCAGACCGACGGCCCCCAGAUGUACCCCAACAGCGUGGUCUCGGACGUCUUCUACCACGCCAACGACGACGGCAUUAAAGCAUACUACUCCGACGUGACCGCAUCGCGCCUGAUCAUCUGGAAGGUGCACAACGACCCAAUCAUCCAGAUGGGCUGGGACUCACGGCAGGUCAGCGGGGUGACAAUCGACGGGCUCGACAUCAUCCACACCAGAUACCGCCGCUCCGAAACCGUCGUGCCGUCUGCGAUUAUCGGCGCGUCCCCCUUCUACAUGGACGGCAAGUCCCCCGACUACAGCAAGUCGAUCAGCCUGACGGUCUCGAAUGUCGUGUGCGAGGGGCCCUGCCCGGCGCUCUUCCGCAUCCAGGCCCUCCAGCACUACCGGAACUUUGUCGUCCGGAACGUCGCGUACCCCGAUGGUCUCAUCACGGGAGGCUUUGGUCUCGGACAGAGUAUUAUCCCUGCCGUGCCUGGAAUGGACAUGGAGCUUGAUAUCACCAAUUGGACCAUCAGGGGUGAGAAGGUGACCAUGUCGAACUUCCAGGCCGACCGGCUGGGCCAGAUGAACAUUGCGGGACAGUACUGGGGCCAGUGGUCGAUUCAGUGA